AAAUCAGUUUACGAGCGUCACGUAACGUCGUUCAUAUUUAUGAGCCAGCGUUCUACGUGCUUAUUCGUAAAUUUGUUGGCGGGAAGACAAGACAGCGCUUACUAGCUAAAGUUUGACUUGUUAUUUACUUUCAGCACAGUAAUGUCUCGAAUACUCAACUGUAUUGUAGCAGUUUGUCCAGACAUGGGAAUAGGUAGAAAAGGAAAUCUACCAUGGCAUCCAAUAAGACUAAGUAAUGAAUUCAAGCACUUUCAGAAGAUGACCAUGACCCCUUCAGUUGAGGGUAAAAAGAAUGUGGUCAUCAUGGGCAGAAAGACAUGGUUCUCUAUUCCUGCACAAAACAGACCCCUAAAGAACAGGAUCAACAUAGUUCUCAGCAGAGAGCUCAAGACAGCCCCAGAGGGAGCUCACUACCUUGCUUCAGACUUGAGUUCAGCUCUCCAUCUGUUAGACAGCUCUGAGCUUGAAAAACAAGUGGACCAAGUUUGGAUAAUUGGCGGCAGCGCUCUGUACAAGGAGGUGAUGGAACGCUCUGGUCCCAGGCGUCUUUUUGUAACACGGGUCCUCAAGCAGUUUGACUGUGACACAUUUAUACCCGAAAUUAACAUGGACAAGUACAAGCUCCUGCCUGAAUUCCCGGGUGUACCCACUGGCUUACAGGAUGAGAAUGGUGUUCAGUAUGUGUUUGAAGUGUAUGAUAGUGUCAACCACUAAGAAGAUCUUUUAAGUAGGAGACGUGAGCUGGUGGGUAGUGCGAGGGCUCUGACAUGUUGCGUGAUGCAGUUUUCAUGGGAGACUUUAUUUUAAAUUAGGCUUGUGUAAUUUCCUGAUCCCAUCAACCCUUCUCUCUAUCUCUUUAUAUCUCAUCCACUUUCCUUAUUAAUAAAAAUAUCAAAAGCCCAAUAA